CUCGCUGCAGGCUUAAGUAUAAAAUGCGGUGUGGUAUGACGAGUGUAAAUACAUCAUCGUUGACGAGCAUCUACUGACAUUGCAAGCAGGGGCCGGUCCGCAGCGAGAGGGGACUGAUCGUUUUUCGAUAAGAUACUGAAGGUUCUGAGGAUGCGAACCAUGUUGACAUCGUUGUGAGCUGGAACAUUAAGUGCCAUUCGUGAACAGUAUCUGGUUGCUGAGGUGAACGUCGAGCUGCCACUGUGAACCAUGUAUUCUCAGCAAGGAACCGGUGCUUCAUUCAGUUCGGCUCCUGAUAGCAUCUGUCAUGGCAAAGCACCUCAUGGUGUCUUCGGCGCUGGUGUUGAAAAGACGUCUGUGGUCUCCUACCACGGCGAAUCUACCGUCCCACUGCCGGUCAGGAUCGGCAAGGUGUUGCUGUGGGCUGCCUCAUGGACAGUAACUGUGUGGUGGUUUACGCUGUGGUUCAGGAUGCCCAGCACUGAAGGAAGAGCCUUCCGAAAAACGGUCCAGGAUGAGCUCAAUUACUCUACCUUCUGGAGCAAAGCCGCUACGAACUACACAAUGUAUGCGGCUCCUGUUAUUGCGUUGGCUAUUUUCGCCCUGCUGUUCUUGGAGCUGGAGGAAAGAUAUCCUGAGAGGCGGUGCCCCUCAGCAAAGCAGCCAAUGCUGGUGAGACUCUACCGAGCAAUUUGGACCCAGCCCAUUUUGGUAAAAACACCAAUUGGAGUUGUUACAAUCAUCGAUAUUGUGAUCAUUGGAAUGGUCCUUGUGUGCACGUGUUGGAUAUGGGGGAGGUUGACCGUGCGUCAAUUUGCUGCCAUCGACGCCGCCAAGCCCAAGAAGGGUGUGCCAAAGUGGGCAUUGAAAUGGGAUAAGCUUUCAGAUACGCUGGGAAAAGCACUGCCGUUUACCAUCGGUUGUUUGUUCAUGCCAGUCGCGAGGGGGUCCCCAAUAUUGCGGUUGAUCGAUGUGCCCUUCGAACAGGCCGUGAAGUAUCACCGCUGGAUGGGGUACCUGACUGUCCUCCUCGUCGUCGUUCAUGGAGCAACAUAUGGCGUUUAUGCUGGAGCAAUUCAUAAGAUAGAAUUGUUGAUCGAAUGGCCUUAUUACGGAACCUCGAAUUUGGCUGGUACCAUAUCAUGCGUGGCAGCGAUGAUUAUGGGGGCCACGUCCAUUCCUUACUUCCGCUCCCGUCACUUCAAUACCUUCUUCAGCAUGCAUCAACUUUAUAUCGUCUUCUUCGCAUUCUAUGUGUUCCAUGUAGAUUUUAGCGAAGUAGGGGGAGCCUUUGGCCCAAUUUUUCUUUUCUUCAUUGACCGCUUCCUCAGAAUGGUGCAAUCUCGAAGGCAGGUGAGGGGUGUCUCUGCUCGGAUACUUCCAAGCGGCCUCGUGGAGCUUAAGAUCCCCAAGCAGACUGGGUUCAAGUACAACACAUUGAGUUUUCUGUACAUCAAUUUCCCAGGACUCUCACGAUUGCAAUGGCAUCCCUUCAGCACAGCUUCCAGCCCCUUGAACGACGAUAACAAUGUGUCUGUCAUUAUCAAACCUCUCGGUGACUGGACAAACGCCCUUUACAGUAGCGUCGCAGCCAAAGACGCCAAUGACGUCAAAGUAAAGGGAUGCCCAUUUGCGGUUAAGGUUCACGCGGAAGGUCCUUACGGUCAUGAAACAAACUACUUUCUUAGGUAUAAGAAUCUGAUACUGGUGGCUGGUGGAGCGGGUGUAACUCCUUUCCUCGCCAUAAUGACAGAUCUGUUAAAACGCCACCAACUUCAACAGGACAAUCUCCCAACAAAUGUACAAUUAAUCUGGUGUGUGAGGAGAAGAACGGAGUUGGCCACUUUGAGAACGAUUAGACCCAACCACAUCCAUCCUAACUAUGCUUAUCCAGAAGCUAAUAAAUUAACGCUGAAUGUGAAAGCAUAUGUCACUGGACAGGCCAAAACUGCUGGGCAGGCGGAAUUACCUAUGGUGGAAAUGCCGGGGCUUGAGACCACACAAAAGGGUGUUGAAACUUACAGAGGCAUGUCUGUCAUCAAUUCCUAUCACAACUUGUGGAUGAUAGCUCUCAUAUGUGCCUCGAUGACAGGAUUUGUAUUGAUGUCCGGUCUAUUCUACACCUAUGUGUCAGCUCAGAGGUUGCAGCCGAAGGGGCAUCAUUUCAGCACGGCUGUUGAGUCAAUCCUUUACUUCAUAAGCCUAUUUGUAGGAAUUGUAAUCUGCGGAGGCACAGUCAUCUUCUUCUGGAUCUCCUCCCUGUCGGAAUCUGGAUCAGGUGCGUCGGCAAUUGCAAACGGCCAUGGACAAGACAUUGAGGAAAAUGACGAUGUUACUCUUCUAGACAAUUGUAUCAUCACGGAAGGCUCUCGACCACAAUUUCAAGACAUCUUUAAAGAAGUUGCGGAAAAACAUGACGGAGAGGAUGUCGGAGUACUCGUGUGCGGGCCUGAAUCCCUUCAAGAAAGUGUUGCAGCAGCCUGCCGCUCUCGGAACUUUGGAAACCUCAUGAGGACACCGUUCCAUUAUCAUUCAGUCAGCUUUGAUCUCUGAUUUUUCGUCUAAACCUUGCAAUGAGUAAAUCAAAGCACAAGAGAAUGUCUUCAUCAAAGUCCUGGAUAAUGUUUUGAACGUAAUUUGGUUGAGAAAAUCUCCCACAUCUUUCUCUUAGUAAGGUUGACACGCAGUCUUUCAGACUCUCUGCGUCACUAGAGAUUGUAAACUACUUUGUCAACAAGUUGACAAGUUUAUCAGCAGUGUAAUAAUAGAUAGUAACAAAUACUGUCGAACAUCAAAGCACCAAAGGCCUCUGUAAUUGUGACCGUUUUAAUUGAAUAUGAAGAUCUCGUCAUCUGUUUCACGCA